AUGGCGGAAGGGACCUCCAACGAUGACUUAUUGAGGGCGCCGGAAGCCAUUACAUCCUCCGAGUGUAAUAAGCUCGUUAUCGUUGCUUCUGUUCAAGAGCAAUAUGUAACUGCGGUUACAGACAAUUACGAGACCACUUGCUGGGGUUGCGGACUGCGCCAACCACUCCCAUCUUGUACAUCUGUUUUCAAAUGUGUCUGGUGUGGGGCCAUAAAUCAAAACAAGCAAAAAAGUGACAACAAGUGCUUUAAAUGGAGAAGACUUCGUGAUCGAUGCAUUGUUCCUGUUGUCAUCACGUUUAUGCUCUUUGUGAUAUUUGGAGGUGUGUGGGCAAUAUACCCCUUUGUCCUUUCUUUCAGUCUUUUUGGGAUUACUCACUGCAUCAUAACAGCAACCUUGUCCAUAUCCACCAUUUCCUUUUUCAGCCUUGCAGCAUUUAAGUGUGCAGGCACGCCCCCGAAUAUAUUGUGGGGAAGCUACCCUACUGUUGGGAAAGGGUACCUUGAAAACUACACUUUCUGUCACUACUGUUCAAAACCAAAGGCACCUGGAACUCAUCAUUGCCGUUCAUGUGAAAAAUGUAUUCUGGACAUGGAUCAUCACUGCCCCUUUAUUGGGAACUGUGUUGGUGCAGCUAAUCACCGUGACUUCAUUGCCUUCCUCAUUUCAGCUGUGAUCAGCACACUCUAUGUUUCAAUCAUGUCUGCAUAUACAAGCUUUCUAAUAUGGCCGUCUGUGACAUACCCCCCCCUUGGGGGCAUCAAAGGGAUUACUAGAAGAGAUCUGGUUUGGAGAGCCAUGAAUGAAAUUAUUUCUGCUCUCCUCAAAUCUGUUCUGCUUCUACCCACAAGAGGGCUUGUUCUUGUAUAUCUGUUCUUUUCAAGCCUUUCAGUGCAAAUAGGACUCAGUGUUCUUCUGUGGCAGCAGCUUUCUUACGUGUAUGAGGGAAAACCUUAUUUGAGCCACUUGAGUUCACAGGCAGAUAAAUCAGAAGGGAAGAAAGAUUGUCAAAAUUUUGUUAGAUUCUUUGGUUUCCCAUAUUAUAUGACAAGAUUUUUGCCAAACUUCCGUAUGGGUAGGAAGAAGCACACAAAGUGAAACCAGCAUUGGUAUGUAUUACUAGAUAAGACUUGUUUUCAUUCUUGUGAGAAUUCAUGUCACGGUAUUCUAUUUUGUUUUUAAGAUCUGUAUGUCAGAUUGUCACUGUAUGAUUGACAUCACUGUAGGAAACAUACCCACUUGUUAUUUCAAUGAGGAAAGGCCUCUCUCAAAGUCCAACUUUAUUUAUGUAAAUAAUGAUUGUAUUA